CCCAAUUCAUGAAACAAACAAUAUUUUUCCUUUUUAUGAAUACCUUGAACUUUAAAGGUACCAUACGUGAGAUCGACUAAAAUUUCACAUGUUUGUUGCUAGAAGCUUGAUUAGGUCAGGAGUCAUGUCGGCAACUAGUGGAGUAGUCCAGCGUCUGGAGCAACGAGCUCAGCUGGCAGAUGAAAUCAUCUUGAGACUCCAGCAACAGGUUGGGCAACUCCGCAGGACAAUUGUGGGUCGUGAGGAGCAACGCUUGGCUGAGGAGAAUAGUCUUCUGAGACAGGAGGUUACCCAGCUGAAGGCCACACUGGUUGGAGCAGAAACAAGAAACGGUGUGAAGCAGAUUCCUGUGCCCAAAGCAGGAUCUACUGUAGCUGCUUCAGCUGUGAAGCCACCAACUCAGCCAGCUGCCUCUGCCAAAGCUCAAGCCCCAGCUCAAGCCCCUGCCGACCAGAAGCAACAAGGAGCCCCAGAAAAUCAAAAGAAGAAAGAAAAGAAAGAGAAACCCAAGAAAGAGGCCAAGAAGGAUGGUAAACAGGAUGACCAAGCUGCUGCUGAGGUGGACUUCCGUAACCUAGACCUUCGUAUUGGUAAGAUCACCAAUGUGAAAAAGCACCCUGAUGCAGACUCACUCUAUGUGGAGGAGGUGGAGCUGGGCGAGACACAGCCUAGGACUGUGGUGUCGGGAUUGGUCAAGCAUAUUCCUAUUGAAGAGAUGCAAGACCGCAUGGUGAUCCUGUGCUGUAACCUGAAGCCGGCUAAGAUGCGAGGUGUCCUCAGUCAAGCCAUGGUCAUGUGUGCCUCAUCACCAGACAAGGUUGAGAUUCUUUCUCCGCCCUCGGAUGCAGUGCCAGGGGACAGGGUCUGCUGUGAGGGCUAUGAAAUGAGUGAGAGUUUCCCAGUCCAAAUGAAUCCCAAGAGGAAGAUCUUUGAAAGAAUCCAGCCUGAUCUCAAGACUGAUGACAAGCUUCAAGCAACCUAUAAGGGGUCACUGUGGAAGGUUGAGGGCAAAGGUCAUAUUGUCGCUGCUACCAUGGCUAACUCUGGUAUCAAAUAAUGAUGGGGAGAUACGCCCCUUGUUUGGAAUUUUAGUCAGUCAUUAUUUGAUAAAACAUGAUCACAAAGAUUUUCAAGAAAUCAUCUUGAGGUCACUUCCAUUGUCUUGAUGUAGUGCCUUUUAAAAUCAUGGUUUAAGUCAGUAUAAGGUUCACAGAUUUCAAAAAGUGGUGCACAAGACUAUUGGAAAUACUGUACUUUAUAAGAUUUUGUAAAAGUUUUUGUGAUCGUGUUUAAGGUACAAUUAUAGUAAGUAAAUGGUACAUAAAUGAAGGCUCCACUCUUGUCUGCUUGGCUGUAGGAUUAAGAUUAGAUGAUUCCAUUUUAUUGAUAAGGUAGUCUUUCUGAUAUUUUAUUUGUGACACAUUGUGACGAAAAUAAAGAAUACCUAUCAAUUGUACUGAUUAUCGAUUUAGGUCAGAAUUAGAGAACACACUUUCAUGACAUUCCAUGAUUGAUACUUGCAAUUAUCAAAGAGUUAAUUCAAACUAUAUAUACAAGUACUAUCAUAAUUAUUUAAAGUGGGAGCUGUUUUGAUGUCUUCUGGUUUUGAUCAAGAAGCAUUGAAACAUGUUGAGAUGCUUAACCUAAGAUGUAUGUCAUUCCUUCUUAAAUGAGACUGUAAUGCAGGCAAACUAACUACAAGCAAAAAUGUACCACAUGUAUAAAAUGAAAUCUAUAAGUACGAUUUCUUGAAAAUGUGUGACUUAAAGAGUGCAUAUUUAAGGGGAUAUGUUUUGUAUUCACAGGGAUAUUCUAAACAUAAGAACAUUAAAGUGGUACUCUGACCUCUGCUGAUUGCAAAUUUUAAGUUGUUUAACAAAUAAAUUAGUAUGAUGACUUUUUGGUACAUAUAAUUCGGUUCAGCAUUUGGGAAAUGGCAUGUUAAUUGUUAACAUUCUCUGUUUAUGAUAUGAUUAGUUUAUUACUUUUGAAAACAAGAAAGUAUUGGAGCAUGUAGUAAUGAAGAGAUUGAGUAUUUACAAGAGAAGUAGAUUACCUUUUCAUGAGAAUUGUAACUGGAUGGUAAAUAACAUUGUGGUAAAUGUGCAUUAAAGUGCAAAUUCAAAAUAUAGGUAGGUAGUUAUAUAGUUCCACAGAUAAAGGAAUAUUAGAAACAGUAAUAAUAUUUGAAUAUGUAACAAAUACAUGAUAUUAUGACAAAUACA